AUGGAAUUGAAAGUUGCUCGUGGUUUAGUGGUAUUAGUGAAUUUAUCUGGCGAUACUCUAUUGGGCAAUAGCUACACCCAGUUAGAUUUGGUAUUCUUUAGAUCGCUCUUAGAAUUCAUUUUGAACAACAAUUACUCUAUAAACUCAAAUGACGCUUUGAAUACACCAAGCACACUGUCUAAACUACAUAUCGAAUAUCUACUUGACAAAUUCGUUGAAUCUGAUUGGUUGGUUAAGUCUGGCAAUGAUUUAUGCAUCGGUAUAAGAUCUAUCGUUGAACUGAGUAGUCUACUCGACGAUCUCGUUGAUCACGAUCUCUACAAAUCUCAUUUUGAUGGUUUAUUGGUCACAGAGGGCUUCUACUGCAAACACUGCAAUACUGCAAUCACCCACUCUCAAUCCAUUCAAUACAACCCAUCCAGUUGCCCAAAUUUACAAUGUAAAAAGCCUUGGAAACCGCGUAAAAUAGGUGAUUAA